UGUUUAUUAAACAGCUGCGUGUGUUUAAUUUCGAAAUUUGUUCAAUAGUGUACAAAUAACUUUGAAAUAUUUAAUUAAAACAUGUAAAAUUACAAUUUAGCGUUUUCUUCAAAAAUAGCGUAUUAGUUAUUGUUUUUAUAAACUUCUGUAUUAUUUUUGUAUCGUUACACCCAAAUCGUAGAUCUGGCAGAAAUGUGUAGGCUUCAGGAAUUUCGGAUUUAUCCGUAACUUUCCUGGUAAAAAGUAAGGAAAGGUGCAUUAUUAAGUAUAAAAACAAGAUUUGUUGAAAAUGCAUCAUUAAUCCUGAAGGGAAGUCCUAAGUAAAAAUGUCUUUUAUAAUGAAAAAGAAGAAAUACAAGUUUAAAGUAGAUUUAGUUCUUCAAGAAUUGACAGCUGUUUCAUUUGUAAAUGGCAUACUUUUUGCAAAAAUACGGUUAGUUGAUGGAGGCACAUUUACUGAAACAUCUCAAAGAGAGGAAGUAAAAAAUAAUUGUGUAAAAUGGAAUAGAAAAUUCCAAUUUGGCUGUAAAAUGACAGCAAAUGCAUCUACUGGUGUCUUGGAACCAUGCAUGUGUAGAAUUUCUGUGAGAAAAGAAGUUAGAGGAGGUAGAUCUUUUGAAAAACUGGGUUUUGCUAAUUUGAAUCUUGCUGAAUUUGCUGGUGCUGGACUUACACCACGAAGAUACCUGCUGGAAGGGUAUGAUUCAAAGCACAGGCAAGAUAAUUCCAUGCUGCAAAUUACUAUUGAAAUGUUUUUAUUGGCUGGCGAUCCUUGUUUCAAAACGCCUACUAUUCGAACACCUGCUGGUCUGGGAGACAAACCUGACAACCAGUUGCCUGCAGAUAAAAAAGGUGAAGAUUACAGUGGGGAUAGCUUAGCUAGCAGUAGCAGUGGCUUUGGUAGCCUACCACGAAAACAAAGGCCAAAUUUACUCUGCUCAGAUUUAGUAAUGGGAACUACUGAAGAAAAAAGUAAAGAAGAUGACAGUAUUCCAGAAUUUGAAAGAGGUCACUCACGAAACUCAAGCUAUGCUAGCCAGCAUUCAAAGGCAUCUGGGUACGGUAGUUUAGCUUCACAUUCUCGACAAAGUAGUGCCGAAUCUGGUCAUCAUAGGAAUCCCAGUUCCAGUUCUACUUAUGGAGAAAUGUGUCUUUCAGGGUUACCUAAAAGCGUGGACAGAAAAAGACCUUCUUCUAAGAAGCAGGCCACUGAGGAAGGUCGAAUGGAUUCUACUCGAGUGAGCGCCAAAGAAGUGAUAAAUGAAGUAUUUGAAGCUACUAAUUUAGAACCUGAUGAAUCAUCUGAAUCCCCUGGUCUUGUACUGAUUAUUAAAAAUGAUGGUACACCAGCCUUAAGUUCUCAUGAAUUACCUGAAUGUGGUGCUGGGCACUUCGACCAAAUCAUUCUUAGUCAUAGGUAGCACUUAAGUUAACUUGUAAGCAGGUCUUGCUAUGUUGAUAAUUCGAGAUUACUUUUUAUUGCAAAUAGUUCUGUUUUAAGCUUCAAUCUUUGCUUGAAUAGUCAUUUUAUGAUCAGAAGUUAUAAGAUUUGUAGAAAUGUGAAUUACAGAUGCUUACCAUUGGUCUUUUGUUAAGCAUAGUUAAAUCGAUUUAUCUUAAAAGAUUAUUAUUUGCUUUUUGUGUCAUACUAAUUGCUUUGUAAUUCUGAUUCUUCAAAUAUUUAUUUCAUGUGUAGAAUUAGCAUAUGUGGAAGUUUAUUUUGUGCUGGACAUAUUUCUGUUGUAACUAGCCAAAACUUGAACAAAUUUGCCAAUGAAGGAUUACAUGUAUUUUUUCAUUUGUGCUCAUUUUUUAAUCCCUUUUCUCAGAAGAUCAUCGUCUCUUCAUAUGAAUUGUAUAUUCAAAAGACAAUAAAAAAUUCUCCUUUUUUUUUUUUUUUUUUUUUUUUUUUUUACCUGCUUAGAAAGAGUGUGUAGAAUGCAUGUAACCUAAUAUUCAUCCCUUAUUCCUGUUUUAUAUGUUCCUUUUCUUUGUGACAUGUAAAAUUUUUAGCAAUAUUUUGGAAAGUUGGGUUUUUAAAGAGCUUAAAUUUUUGUGCUCAUUGUAUAAAAAGAUAGUCUUCUGAGCUUUAAGUAAGUACUAAUUCUCAGCGAUUGUAUUUAAAGAUUUAUCAGUAUUUGUUGAAUGUUUUUAUAGAAUUUUUAUUGGCUAUCAUCGUCUUUUUUUUAUGUAUUUAUUAUUUGAAUGGAUUUAUGUAUGGCUUUUGUCUGAACUAUUUUUGUCUAUCAAAAUCUCAUUUUGGAACAGAAGAAAUCCUUAGAUCUUAAACAUCCAUACUGCAAAUUCUUUUUUUAACAAGGUAAUAAUUUCAUUAUUUGGAAAUUUCUUGAAAUGUUAAUGAAUGAAAUUUCAUUAAAUGUCAUGUUAAUGAAAUUAUCUGAAAAAUAAUUCUGAAUCAGUUGAAUAUUUGUUUUUGUAACAUUAUAUGAAUGUUUUGUCAAAAAUCUUUGUAUAAGUGAAUGAAAUGUAGACAGCUUCAUUCAUAUUAAGUUAUUUGUAUCAUCUUGCAUUCAUCCAGAAAAUGGCAAUUGGAUUGUUUCAUUGUUAUUUGGAGUUUAUUGGUUUGUAAUAUUGUAUUAUUCUUUAAAACUAUACCCUUCAACAUUUAAUGGUAAACUAUUAUUUUAUUUUGGCAAUUAAGCAGGAAACUUAUAAACAUUACUAAAUAUUAAUGUAUGAAGGAAGAUAGUUUUAAAAUUCCUACUGGUUUCUAUUAAAAUAAAAUUUUUAAUAACUUAUAUUUAAAAACAUUGUGAAGUGACCCUCUCCUCUCAUUAUAUUUGUAGCAUUGUAGGAAAAAUUAAAGUAGCUUUAGAUGCUUUAAUUGUGUUCUAUAAAUCAUUUCUUGUCUUUUCCAAGAAAUGAUUUGUGUUGCAGCUAAAAACAUUCAAUCUUUUGGAUUCUUUACAUUUUUAGUGAAUUUUGUACAACGCUGGUGUAUGUUUCAGAAAUGUAAAUAAUUAUGAAUCUUUUAGGUAGUAUUAACCCCCUCCUUGCAUUUUACUAGAAAGAUUUUUACAUAUAUUUGCACUAUUUUGUCCAUUCAUGAACAUUUUAAGUUGUUUCGAAGGUCUUGAUUGAAAAUUAGAUGCCGAUGUUGAAUAAUUUAUAAAAGUAUUUAUUUUCCCUUAUUAAAUUUUUAAAAAAUGGAUAUUUCUUAUCCUUCAAUUUUAUUCAAUGGUGAAUUUAAUUUGAUUUCAUUUGUUUAUGUUGUGAAAUUGUGUUGUUUCUUUUGGUGUACUUUAAUUCGAAGCAUGCGGUUUCUUACUGGAUCCAAUCAUUUUUUGGUGUAUUUCAUUGUCCUACAAUUCAUUUGUUAUGCAGUUGAAUUGUGCAAUCUUUUUAUAGUGUUACUUUUAGAGAAGUAAUGCAUCUUAAAUGAUUGUAACAAACUCGUUCUCAUUUUAUGGGUGGAAAAUGUAUUGUAUAAUUUGGUAAUUCACUUCCUUAGCUUGGAUGCUGUGCACUAAUUUUUCUCCCCAACUUUUUUUAAUUUUCAAGAUCAAAAAAUAAUUCUAAAAGCAAAUAGUAAUUUUAUAUUUUGGAAUGAGAUCAGACUGAUUGAGCAAGUCAUAGAUCGGAAAACUGUUUUAUAGGAAAGUAAAUAAACUUUUAUAAAAUUUUACUUGAAAUUUAUGUUUUGUAAUAAGGAAUAUCCUUUAUAAUAUACUGCUUUAUUGUGUUAACAUUGCAUUUCUUAGUUACUUUUAAGUUUAUUUUUUAUUUCUAAUUAUUUCUUUAAGAUAAUUUUCUUUAUAAAGAAAUAUAAAGUAUUAUUAUUUUCAUUUUGUCUAGUUCAUAGCAGUGCUAUCAAUACAUUUUUUUAUAUGUAUACAAUUAUAAUAAGAUAUUGAAAAUGAAAUAAUAUUUGAUGCAUGUAUUUCCAUUGAGCUAUUUUUUUUUAUGAAGUAAAUUUGGAAAAUAACUGCAAUUUACAAUAUCAAACAAGUUUAUUAAUUUCAUAGUUCAAAAGAUGCAUCUGACCAUUUCUAUACCUUCUAACUGAAAAUAAAUAAAAAGUUGUAUUUUUAUUAAAUUAUUUUUCACAGUUGAAAAAUACUGCAUCAUGGAAGGUACUUUUAAUAAAUAGGGACUGUAUUAAUUCAUAUCUGUCGAGUGGAAUUCUAAUUAGCAAUUGAAAAUAUCUGUUAAGUAUUGUUGAAUAAUUACUGAUUAUCGUUUGCAAUUAUUUACAUUUCAAAAAGUCUCAUUCUUCUUGACAAAACAGCAACAAAGAACAUAAAUAAUGCAUAUGAAAGCAAUACAUUUUUCUAAUAAAUAGAGCUUGUAAAAUGUUAUUUGUGCAAAUUAUAAUGUAUUCAGAUUUUCAAAAUUCUGUCAAAUUUUUUCGUGAAUAGUUUGCUGAAACUAUUUUUAACAAAAAGCAUUUACAUAAAUUAAGAUACAAUAUUUCAGAGUUUUGGUGUAAAAUUAAAAUAAAUCAUUCUUUAAUAAUUUUUCUGUACAGAAAGUGAAAGUCAAAAACAUCUGAAAAAUGCACUUUAAGUAAUGUAUUUUUUUAAACAUUAAUUUUUUUCAAUAGGGCUUUGUUUUGUUUUAUCCCCCUCCCCUCCCCCACAAUAUAAAUAAAAAUUUUAAGGUAUGUAAAUUUUCAAAUUGAAUGCAUAUCAGAAUUUUAUUUGUUAUUAGUGUAGACUUUCUAAAAUAUUUUUAAAGGAAUGAUUGUUAAUGCAAAUAAGUAACUGUCCUUACCACCCCCUUCCCAAGCUCUUCUGUUUCCCAAAAUCAAGAAGUUAAGGAAAGCUCAGGGAUUUGAAACAUUUAUGAUACAAGCUAUGAAUCUUUUGAGAAAGAAAAUACUAAGCACACACACAAAAAAAAGUGAAAUCUUGAAUUAAUAUGGUGCCCCCCUUUCCUGAUUGGUAUUAAAUAAAAAGUUUAUUUUCUUAUUAUCUGUUUAUUUUCUUAAUUAUCUGUUUCAAAUAUUAACUAUAACUUUUUGUAAAUCUAACACAAAUAUAAGAUUAAUAAGGCAACUAAAUGAAGAUCUGUCUAAAAAUUAUUUUAGUUUGUUGAGAUCCUGCUUUUAUAUGAAUUUGAAACAUUCUGUGUAACAUAUUAAGUCAUUGCUUUUAGUAUCGCAUACUAAAAGCAAAUUAGAAUAAAUCUUGAUAAAAUCGUCCAUCAUUUUGAGUGUCAUUUUUAAACUUUUGUAUAUGCACCUUUUAAAACUUAGACUGUGUGCCAUGAUACAUUUCUAUUAUGCUUCAUGUAAAAGAAUUUUGAAGAAAAACAAUUUUUAUACUGUAGAUUAUUUUGAUUCAUUCAAAGCAAAUUUUUCAUAUUUUUUGUAACUGAUUUUCUAAAUGAUUCAUUUCAGUUUGCCAAAUAAUGUUUGUAAGACAGAAAAUUCUAUAAUUGAUUUGUUAAUGAAUAAUAGAAAACUGGCUUUCAAGUGAUUAGUUCAUAAUAGAUGUAUUACUAACAACGGUGCUUGAAAAUAUUCUGUAACUUCCAUGUUUUUCAUAUUUUUAUGCAUACAGAUUUUGAGUGUGUAUUACAGAAUUUUUUAAAAAUGCUUGUAUAGAAAAAUGUGCAGUAGUGUAAUUGUUUUUAUACUAAUAUGUUAUUAAAUGUGUCCCAAGAAACCUUCCUCAUAAAUAUGUAAUAUAUACCUUCAGAUAGUUUAGAUAAAACUGGUUAGUUGAUAGGUUAUAUAUAAAGGCAAAAAAAAGAAGAAGAAACUGCCAUAUAUGUGAUGUAAAAUAAUUUCUUGUACCAUUGCAAUGCUGUUCUUGAUUUUAUUUGAACAUAAGAGGUUUUAAUCUUUAAAAAAUUUAUCAUCCUGUUAUUAUGUUGCAUAAAUUGUAAAAAUAUAUCAUGCAUGCAGAUUGAAAUGAGAAUUUUAAAAAUAUAUUUUUAUCUUGUUCAGUAUAUAUCAUUUAUGCAUAUCCUGAGAGCGAACAAAGUUAUUACUGUUUCUUCUAUGUUGUGUUUACUUGUUUUAAUAUUGGUCAAUGAUUGCACAAGUAAUAUCCAUUUCAUUUAACUAGAAUUGUACAAUUGUCUGUAGAAAUAUAUAGUAAUGUUGUUUCUAACAUUAGUAUGAAGUUAUUUGAAAUUGUGAAUCUUUUAGUAAAGCUGACUUACAUUUAUUUUCUGUUAAACUGAUUGUAUUAAGUUAUCAUUUUCUUUUUAAAAAAAGGCACGAAAUUAUUGCAUAAAAAUGUUUGAAUUUGGA